GCCCCGCCCCGCCCCGCCCCUCCCGGGAGCUGGGUCCGGAGUGCCUGGUGGGCUGAUUCUGGAGCGUGGAAGGGAGCACGGAGCACGGAGGCGAGAGGGAGGCGGUGGCGGUGGGAGGCGGGGAGGCGGGGACCCUCCUCGCCGCUCCCUGAAGUCGGCACGGAGCCGCCCCGGGCCGGGGCUAAGCGCUGAGCGGCGGCGGGGCCGGGAUGCGGGGCUCCCGGGACCGUGGCCGGCGCGCGGGGCGGUGGCGGGCGGGCGGGAGCUGUCCGCGGUGCUGAAGCAGCGGCGGCGACAGCGGCAGGGACGCGGGCCGGGAGCAGGGAGCUCUCCUGGAAGCUCCACCGCGGCUGCCUGCGAGGCGGGGACGCCGUCGCUCGCCGGCCCAUGCCCGGUCCCCGAGCCCCGCGAGGAGGCGGGACGGUCCGCAGCGCGACAGGUUCCGAGAGGACUGAGACUCCCCGCCCUGGCAACUGCAGGCAGAACCAUGGAGAGCCUGAGUGAACUUCAGAACCCACUGCUGCCAAGGAGCCCCACCCACCUCCACAGUCCCUACCCCUACCCGGAGGCCCCAGCCAGCUGGUCCUGCCAAGAGAAGCUUUAUUCCUACCUCCUAGGAGGUGCUGGUUCCUCUCGUACCCACCAGCUCCUAGACCCAGGGUCCCUACAGCUGGCCGUGGAGGCUUGGUAUCGACCCAGCUGCCUCCUGGGGAAGGACAAGGUCAAAGAGCCCAAAGCAGGCAGCUGUGAGACCAGCUUCACCGAGGCCAGGGAGCCCCCAGCGGGGCCCCCGGAACAGGGCUCAGAACCUGGUCAAACUGAGGAGGAUGUCACCAUCCACACUGUGUCCUAUGGGGUUCAAGAGGAGCUGCAGGGCCAGGAGGACAGCCAGGAGGAAGAGAGUGAUACAACCUCAACAGAGAGCGAAAGUGAAGACACCUUCCUCACCCUGCCUCCCAGGGACCACUUGGGGCUCACUCUCUUCUCCAUGCUGUGCUGCUUCUGGCCUCUGGGCAUGGCUGCCUUCUACUUCUCCCAGGGGACCAGCAAGGCCAUCUCCAAAGGGGACUUCCGCCUGGCCAGCACCACUUCCCGCCGGGCCCUCUUCCUGGCCACACUCUCCAUCGCUGUGGGGGCUGGUCUCUAUGUGGCUGUGGUGGUGGCUCUGGCUGCUUACAUGUCCCAGAAUGGCCAUGGCUAGUGGUCAGUAGGAUCCUCAUCCUGGCUCUCCUGGCCCACCAGAGGAAGGUGUAAGGCUUGGAACUCUGUACCCUAUGGAGAGCCUUGACCCUGAGGUGAACCUGUGACAAUUCUGCAGCCUACACAGCCCUCUUGUCCGCUACUUCCCGUCCCAGAGCAGGCCUGGUAUGGAUGGGAAGCAGGAGAGGCAGGGUUGUCCAACAGGCCUAGCCCAGCCUAGGCUGCCCACUCCCUUCAGGGCCUCAGUCUCACAGGCAGCUCAGUUCUCCCUCUUGACAGUUUCCCCACAGAGAAAAAGCAGGAGCUUCCGGGAAGAAAAAGGAGUGCCCGAGAAACAAAGGAUGUGCCCAGUCUUUUCAGCCCAUGGGGCUCUCCCCGGUACACAUCUUAAGCAGCUACCCCCACCCGCCAUGAUGCCCAAGAUCCACCAAUCAGAAAAGACAUACAUGGGCCCCAGCUAUCCCUUGCUCUUUCUGACUCUGGGUACUACAUGUCUCCCUUGUUAGUGUGUAAGAUACUCUGCGGCAUCUCCCAGGGUGGAGAUGGCGCUGGUGAGCUCUGUACUAAGAGCAGGUUGCUGGGGGCUUUUCUGUGCCAGACAAAAGGCAAGAGCAAUGUCGGAGAGGAUGGAGGCCUGGAACACCACAGGACCACAUGGCCCCCCUCCCUCUGCCCCCGUUCUUCACUCUCCCAUCCUUUCUGGGCUCUGCUGGGAGGGCCCUGAGAUGGUACCCCCCAGCAGGGGAGACUGAGAAGGGUGUUGUUACUCCCUAGCUAUUGAGUAGUGCGGAGUCCUGGAUCCAGACUUAUGGGAAAACGGUGAGAAGGGACUCUGGGAAGUGGGAAAUGUAGACAGAGGAGGGACGUGGGCAGGUGUGGACAGUGGAGCAGUCAGCAGUGCUCAGGAGGAGGUGUCCCCUGAGCAAAGUCCAGGAGGACUAGCAGAAUCCACAAGGGAUUUGCUUCUAUGUAACUCUCCAUGCUACUGGGCAAGGGUGUGUAAGAGCCUCCCAUGGAGGUUCCCGGGCUGUCAGGGUUCUGCCUGGAUUAUCCAGUCUGGAGUAAUUUUGUGCAGCCCUUUCUAAACCCUCCAUCAACCUAAGCAGGAAGGCCAAGCCUUUCUCUCCACCCAUGAUGCUUUCCCAUCUUCGGACGAUGGGGUAAUGGUGGUAAUGGCCCCUGAGCACCUUCACCGGUAACUGCCACUCAGGACUGCUUUCAAGGCCCUCCACCCCAAAACAACGACAGUUUCAGAGACACCAAGAGCAAAGGACUUGGAAGAACGGCAAGGCAGGCCCACUGGGGUUCAGCCUGCAGGAUAUUAUGCACGUUCUGGGGAACCUGGCCAUUUCCACGCUCUGGUUCCACCACUCACCGUCCUUGGUUCCCACACCCUCCCCACGCCCUUCACUGCAGGUAUUGUCCACGCUCCACCCCCUGCAGUGACGGUUUUAAUGUCCCCCGUAAGGUCUUUAUUUAUCCUGAUAAUAAACUUUUCUGUAAUACCUGGUGCCA